UAUAUAUAUUUUAUAAUGAAAUGUAUUUUUAUACUACUUAUUUCAGAAUUUUUUUUAUCACUUUUUAAUUUUUCAGAUGACUUAAAGAAAGUACAUAGGUGUUCACUCUGUUCCUACAGCUCAGUAAAAUCAAGUAAUUUGAAGGCACAUUUAUUGACACAUACCAAAGAAAAACCACAUUAUUGUAAUGUUUGUGGUAGGACUUUCACUACAAAGUCAUCAGUCAAGAGGCAUUUUAUUUCACAGCAUGGAAUAUGUAGAACACCUCAAUAUUUUACAUCGCGAAGGCCCAGUUUUUCUCUCAACACAACUCUACACCAGUGCUCUCUCUGUCCGUAUGCCACAUCCAAGAAGUCCAACCUGACGCUGCACUUUCGGACGCACACAGAUUCACUAGCAAUUUUUGAUCUGCGUGCAUUCCAUAAAAAAUGGCUGUUGGAUUUAUCUCGAUUUCUUUUAUUCCUAGCCCGCCUCUUUUCGAGAAAAGUGGAUCUCCUUGGCCAACCCUCGAUCUAUGGUCAGCUGCAUGGGUGUUCCUUAUGCCCAUACUUCACUGCCAACAAGUCCCAUUUGAUCCGGCACUUUCGGACGCACACCGGAGAGCGUCCGCAUCAGUGCGCUGUCUGCAAGAAGAGCUUCAGGCAGCGCGCCCACCUGCAGACGCAUCUCAUCGUCCACAGACAAAUGUGAAUCGUGAACUCCCUGAAUGAGUGAAAUGAACCAUUUCUGGUGCUCCGUGUGAAAAAAUCUUUAAAAUUAUGCGUUGCUUAAUCUAUCUUUCAGUUCAUUAAAAGGAUAUUUUUAACUGUCUUAAUAGUUUUGAUUAUUAGUUGAUUUUCAGGUUUUCGAUAGAAAAAAAUGAUUUUAUACAUUUGUGCACUAAUUAAGGUGUGCAUUUUAAGAAUUUAUUUUCUACUUUUUAACCUGCCAUGAACGUAUUAUGGGAUCUUUUAAUGGCACUUUCUCAAUGACUACCAAAGAGCGUCAUUACUAUGUUUGUUUCAGAAUCCGUCAUCUUUGGACAAUUUUAUCCUGCAUUGAAUAAAAAUGGGCAAAUUUUUUCAGUUCUUUGUAAGGUGUAAACUUGCUAUUAGAUGCAUUUCCUCCCCUUUUCAUUUUCCUAGUUUGUCAUUUUGAACCGUUCUGUGUUAUUGUAAUUCGAUAAUUUUGUAUUUAUCGAUCACAAAGCCAGCUCAAUCUCGCGGAUUAUCCACGAUUACUGUCGCAAUAAUUAGUUGGGGUUUAGUAUUGCUAAAUAAAAUGUAAGCACCUCCUCCGCCUUUCAUCCGAUAUCUAUUUUGGGAAAAUGAACAGGUCCUGUGCUUGCACAAAAUUAUGGAAGGUUUUCGUAUCCGUGAAUAGACAGUAAAAUCGUUUUUGGUUUGAUUGGGAAAAUAUUAAAAUAGUAUAUUAUCAUCGAAUGGAUAAAACUGUACAGAAUUUCGAAUUCUAAUGCAUUAGGGGAGAAAGUGAAAAAUCGAUUAGAAGAUUCCAUCUUUACAAAUAAGAAGAAGGUCAAAUGUAGCAAAACAUUUAAAAGUUAUUGUAAUAAUUUUCAAAAAAAAGUAAUAUCUUACAAUUUAUACCCUGUAGAAGUCCAAUACUAAUAAUGGACUGUCAAUAAGAUCCUGCUUGCAGAGACCCGAACAAAUAUGAAUGUGAUCAGGUGAAGCUUCUUCCGUAAUACACUUGGGGGGGGACUUCAAAGCGUUUAGAACCCUCAGAAUGAUUCAUAGUUCCAAAAUGUCCACAGAGAAAGCGAGUGAGAGUAGUCUGAUCCUGCCCACUACAAUCGAGGGUCAGAGAGCACCCUGGACGAUUACUCUUAUACCAUUGAUGCACUGGUGGGACGAACCAAGUGGUUUCAUUUUGGCUUUUAGUUGUCGAGAAAAUUUCUAUGUGGGUACAGAGGCAUCACUAACUCCCACUUUAGCCAGUGUGCCCGCAAUCUCAUUAUUCUCGACGCCAACAUGAAAGGGUAUCCAUUGUAGGUGGUUCUGAUGAAACAAGGAAAUGCGUUUUAGGUAUUUGAGUAUAUUCACUCCCGCAUUACCCUUCACACUAUGCCAGUUGGCCAAGUGUUUGAGGCCAAUUGAGCUUCUACUAUCUGACAGAAUUCAGAUUUCAUUUUUAUGAGUGAGUGACUUGAGCAAUUCCGGUCCUUCAUUGAUGGCAAUAAGAGAAGAAGUCGGGGCUCCUCUUCUGGAUUUUUAACUCUUUAUCUUGAGAUUUGAUGUAGAUACCUCUGCUAGUUCAAUCAUUAUCAUUUUUGCUAUCGUCCGUAUACAUCUGAACUGCGUCCCUUGGAAUACGAUUAAUUCUCUCAAGUGUCAGUUGAUAAAUUGGAAGAUCAUUUUGCUUGUUCACUUGAAUAGGAAGAUCCGUAUGGUAAAAUACACCAUUAAGACCCUCAGAUGGAUCGAAACACUGUUUCAGUGACACUGUGAAUUUUUAUAUUAAACCCUUGAGUUGUCGAUAAAUCUUCUGAUUUUAAAAAAAAAAUAAAAACUUUCUAUUCUUAAUAAGAAUUACAUCGAAGCUGUUGAAACAAUUUGAUUUUACUUUUAGAUGCGAAUCUCUCCAGAUUUCUCGCUUCAGUUGCCGUUUCCAGCAAGCUGCUCAAGUGUUCUGUGUGCCCGUAUUCUGCCGUGGACAGGUGGCAGCUCAACCGCCACUUCCGCACCCAUACGGGCGAGAGGCCUUUCCAAUGCAACCUCUGCAGUAAGCGGUUCAAGCAGCGCUCUCACCUCCAGACUCAUCUCAUCGUACACAGAGACAAACUGAACUUCUGAAAGCUGACCCAUAAACUCUUAAAUGUCAUGUCUGUGCUCUUUAUUCUUCUGAUGCAGAAUUCUAAACUAA